AUGACCUCAUUCCGAAACGGUAGCCAUGACCCGGAGUAUAAGCUAACCGAGCUUACGAAAGUGAAACUUAACUUCCCUGGUCACAAUGGCACCCCGCGAAUGCCUCAAGCAAAGUGCCCACCAGUUCGAUACAACGAGAGACAGAUGAUUCCGAAGCCGAUGAUUCUGGGAAAAAGAACAUCGUAUGGUUCGAAGGAUCUGCCGAUUUUCUUUGUUGGACAGGACGAGAACAAAAUUGAAAUCGUGCGAAUCAAGACGGAGAACUCGAUGAUGAUUGAAAAGUCACCAAUUCCAACUCCAACUAACACUGAUAGAAACUACGCCAUGCCCCAGACCACUACCUACUACAGUAUCCCUUCCACCAUCCAACCUACCAUCCCAACACCUCUCCCACUCCCCACACUCUCCUCUACAAUGACCGUCGAGCAAGCCAUCAAAAAACUCACAACCCCAAUCCCCGAUGAAGCCACUGUCAAUGUCCAACAAAUCGCUGCUGAUAUGAUGAAAUGGUUUUCAGUGACAAAAUGUAAAAAAGCCGUUUUUGCUGCAAAGAUUCUGAAAGCCGCAAAAGGAUCCAUCGGUUACAUAUUGACUGUGAAAGUGGGAUAUACCGAGUUGAGAAACUGGAAGGAACCGUAUACCAGAAUGUACAACUGGUUGAAGAUGUCGGAUGCGGAGAGGAAAGAGUUUUUGAAAAUGGAUUUGUAUCCGCAGGAAGAGGAAUCAGAAGAAAGUUCGAAUGAUUCAGAUGAGGAGAUAGAUGAAGACAGCGAUACCGAUCAUAAUGACACACCUGAACCAUCCGAGCCCGGCGCAAUGACUUUCGAGAGAAUGGCAGCGAUUCUAAAUCGCCCCGUCGUCUAUAUGAAUACCAAAAAGACAAUUGCCAAACUCAAGGAAUGGUUCGAAACAAGCGGAAUCACUAAAGUCUGGUUCUCGGAGAACAUUCUUGGAAAAAAUCGGAAAGCUAUUCAUCAUGUGCUCCAUGACACCAGAGAAUGGAGCAAGUUGAAACAAGGAAAGGAGAAUUAUGAGAGGGUUUUCAACUGGAUGAGAAUCAGUGAGCAUGAGAGACAGGAGAUCAUUUGGCUCCUUGAGGGGAAGAGAGAGAGAACUCCCCCCGUCAAUUUCAUCUCAACAUCUAUGGAACGUGUCCAACAGAUUCUCGCUGAAAAUCAGAGCACUGAUCUCAACUAA